AUGGGCUCCAACAAAGUCAUCGAUGAUGUUCAGGGCAGCGUGAUGGAUAUCGCGCUCGGCUCUCUACGUGCGCGCAAGACUCCUAUGCUUAAGGUUGAGGGUCUGUACUGGAUUCUUGACGAGGGCCUGCGUCCUGCCAUCGUUGUCGGCUAUGGCACCGACGACCCCGAAAAGAUGUCGAGCAUCCACCAAAUUAUCAAGUUUCACGUCCGCAAGCGCCCCAUCUUCAAUGUAGUCUCAGCCAUGGAAGACUAUGCCGUCAAGCACACCCGUGUCGCCACGCCUAGUGUUGUCACCUACGACGAAAAGAUCCCAGCUUCCACCAACUUGGCAGCCAGAAACUAUUUGGAGGCUCAGUACAGAGAUUACGUCGUUGACGUUGUUGAGGCAUUCCGUGGCCGUGAUUUCAAGGUCGAUUUCGAAGUCGAGCCUGCUGGAAAGAAGAAGACUAAGGUCACCAAGAUCAGCAAGGUCAAGAAGGCAAAGCCGGCCAAGCUCAACAAGCGUGUGCGCUUCAUCGUUGAGGAGGAUGAAGAAGACGGCCCUAUUCGCUGCUUAACACCCAUCAGAAAGCAGGCCGGUGUCGAGUCGCCCGAACGCUCUGACAGCGUCAUGGGUGAUGCACCUUCUCCCAACUUCGCAUACACAGCAAACGGCCUCACACUUGUGGUUGACCCCAACACCCCCAUCAACUCGAUCGAGUGUUGCCCUGGACUCAGCACACCUGUCAGCUUCAACGACAACACAUCUAACCCUGACACAUGGUCGUUUGCAACCUGCACUGCUCAGGACGCUCUUUUCGAGCCCUGCUGA